UGUUUUUGACGAGCAAAGUUCAUCGGUUUGUUUUGUUAUAGCCGGAUAAUUGCCGAUGAUUAGAUUGUUUAUGAAAUCUCAACGAGUGGACGACUAAUUUCGCCAUGCUCCGUUCGGGGAGAUUAAUGUUUAGCAGGUUCCACAGCAGCAUGAAGGUGAAAGUUCCAGUAAAACAGGGUGUUGUGGUGGGUCAACAGAAAAAACUAGCCAGCGGACUGGAGUACAACAGUUUCCUGGGUGUUCCCUAUGCAGAACCGCCCGUGGGAGAGUUGCGUUUCCGGAGCCCCCGACCUCUGGAACGUUUCCGGGAGCCGGAACUGGACUGUAGCAAAGAGGGCAACGUGUCCCACCAGCGCGAUCCCUUCACCUUGGAGGUGGCUGGCUCAGAGAACUGCCUGUUCCUCAAUGUCUAUGCACCCAAGGUCAAGAAUCCGGGAUCUCCUCUGCCAGUAAUGAUAUGGAUUCACGGCGGCGGCUUCUUCUUUGGAAAUGGAAACAGUGACUUCCACUUUCCCGGCAAACUCAUGGAGCAGGAGGUCAUUGUGGUCACCUUAAACUACCGACUGGGAGCACUGGGUUUCCUUAGUUUGCCCGAGGAGGGCAUCCACGGGAACAUGGGACUCAAGGAUCAGCGCCUGGCCCUCCAGUGGGUACAGGAGAACAUAGCCAGCUUCAAUGGCGAUCCAGAUAAUGUAACCCUUUUCGGAGAGAGUGCGGGAGGUGCUUCAGUGCAUAUGCACACCUAUGCCCGUCAUGCCAACCGGCUGUUCCACAAGGCCAUCAUGCAGAGUGGAACGGGCAACAUGGAAUGGGUGUUUCAAACCGAGGCUGCUGUCAAGACGCGACGUCUGGCAGAGCUACUGGGAGGCGGUGACUUUGGUGGCGAUACCAAAGCACUUUUGGCCUUCCUGCAAAAGGCAGAUCCCGCUGGCAUUUUGGCCAACACAUUGAAGGUUCUAACGCCAGACGAGCGGCGACGCUGCCUGCCGUUUGCCUUCAAGCCAGUCGUGGAGGAUAGCAGCAGCCCGGACAGCUUCCUCGACAAGAACAUCAUGGAGCUGAUGUGCAAGAAGGACUCCCUGGGCAAAAUGCCCAUGAUUAUGGGCUACAACUCCGCCGAGGGGCUGGCCAUAGUGUUGAAAGCGAAGCAGAAGCUGGAGGCUUACGAGGAUGACUUGGCCAGGAUGGUGCCCCGUAAUAUGGUGGCGGAUCCGAAGGCCCCCGAGGCCCAGGAGGCUGCUUCCGACAUUCGAGCCUUCUUCUUCAACGGCCAGGCGCUGACCAAGGAGAACAUGGACAACCUGGUGGAUCUGUUUUCCGACUACCACUUCAGCAUGGAUCUACAGCACGCCGCCGAGAUCCACGCCAGCUGUCAGACACAGUCUCCUUUGUACUUCUAUCGCUUGGACUAUGUUGGCGGUCGCAAUAUGUACAAGAAAAUAUUCCAGAACGAGGAUCUCCGUGGCGUGGCCCAUGCCGAUGACAUUUGCUAUCUCUUCCAGAUGGCGGGUGACGAAUCCGAGGUUAGGGAGGACGACUUGCUGGUCACGGAGCGAAUGUGUAAGAUGUGGGCGAAUUUCGCGCGCCAUGGAAAACCAUCGGAAAGUUGGAAGCCCAUCCAAAAGGCCCAGGAUGGCAAGCCCUUUCAAUUGGACUGUCUACUUAUAGAUCGGGAGCUGAAGAUGUGCGUCAAUCCGGAUGGCGAAAGAAUGGACUUUUGGAGGAGCAUGUACAGGAGAUACAGGAGCAAGUGCUACGAAGCUCUGAGAGCUAAAUUAUAACUCAUUGUUACUAAGAACAAAGAUUAAGCAAUUACUCAUUAUUAACCGACUAUCUUUCCAUUUUUAGUCUUGAAUAAAAUUUAAUUCGAAAACGCAAA